GUAAGACCCGGGGAAAGAAGCCAAUCACUAGGAACGCCAAGGCGGCGCAGACCAUCUGCUCGCGAGGGUAGCGGAUUAUCGGAUGACGCUACUACAUCGGGUGAACGUCAACGAACUUCCUCGGAACCACCUCAAGGCGGAAACAGGCGACGCCGGCAGGGAAGUGAACCGGAUCCAGACGGUGAGUCGCGAGAAAGAGGAACGCCAUCACAUCCGGCACGAACACACCGGGGAAGGGAAUCGGGACGAACGGGUACUCCGGGUGCCGAUGACCGAGCGACCAGGAACGGGGACGCUGGAGGAAGCAUGGAACCUGGCGCCACGGGGAACAGAAGCGAGCACCCUCGUUCCAGUACCAGAUGCGGAGUGUGCUCGGGUGAGGGUGCACGGGUGCGGGGACCAACACUCUCGGAGGGACAGCCUGGAGGCGGCGGUUCAAGCUGACCCGGGGCUGCAGCUACGAGCUGAAAGACUGAUAAGGGGGUUAAACGACGAACCCCACGGAGCACGUCCGCUGUACAUCUGGAACCAAGACAGUCCGGGAAUAGGGCCUGCUUUGGACGAUGUCAGCAUGGAUGAUCUCUCACUCAGGUUCCAGACGGUGAAGAAAGUUCAACCUAGGUUUGCUUCCGACCAUGCCCGUCUCCAAACUCACGUGCUCCACCUUGUUAACAAGCAGCUAGCAGAAGGCGGCGGAGCUUCCUCGGCGACCGGGACCCCACUUUCCACUAUCCGGGUCAUCAAACUUUGGUACCUCCUACCAGGUAUUCUGCACUCCUUUGAUGGUCGGAUAGCUCGAAAAAACGGCUACAACUCGCUCAAAAGAGGGGAUAUAUCGUCCGUUCUUCCUUGGCUGAUUGAGUAUACCAAGGCGGCGAGUGCAAGGAGCAGGGGACCGGCACGGGAAGACACACCCGACGACAAGUUCAAAAGGGCGGCGAGGGCGUGCCGGCACUCUGGAGGCGUGAAGGACGCAGCAAGAGCGCUCCUAGCCGAUCAACCGUCACCGGGGAACGACGAGACAUGGGCACGUCUGAAAGCCAAAUUUCCGCAUGAGGAUCCCGUACAAGUGGAGCAGGCCAUCGCCGAAGCCAUAGCUGCAAGCCGCACCGAGGAGGAGGAAGGAAGCGCCCCGAGAUGGAGGCCAGAAACCGAGUUCGAUCCACAAGUACUCCUUCAAGUCAUCAACAGCAGAAGCUCUAACUCUGGAGCAGGAAAUGACGGGCAACGUUUCUCCCACCUUAAGUCCAUCGUCAACACUAAAAUUGGUCGGGAAGAGUUCAGCAACGCGAUGUCGUCCCUUUGGAGGAGGCUCAUCAACGAUCCCAACGCGUUCCCACCGGAGUUCUGGACUCUUUGGAAACAAUCCAGUCUAAUCGCCCUCGGUGAAAAGUGCCGUCCAGUGUGCAUUGGAAUGACUUGGAGAAGGCUGAUUGCAGCGGGAACGGUCAGGGAGUGGAAACCGAAACUGGAAGAAAUAUUUCGGGAAGCGGACCAAUUCGGAGUGGCGGUAGCUGGAGGAGUUGAACAAGUUGCGAUGGACGCACAACUGGUUCAUCAGACAGGUCAUUGGGUAGUCCAGACGGAUUGCUCAAAUGCCUUCAACACGGGCAAGCGCACCGCCAUAAUGGCCCAGGCCGCAAAGAGCGUCCCAGAUCUCGUGGGGUACAUCGCCAGGUGUUACGACGAAAUCCCGGCAAAGGCGAUAUACACGAUGGACUCCGGAGAGCGUCGGACGAUCGAGUGCAAGAGCGGUGUGCAGCAAGGAGAUGGAAUGGGACCGCCCCUGUUCUGCUUCAUCCUAGUCCCGAUCGUCUUGAAGCUUAGAGCCAAGUACGACCACCUCGGGGUAUGCUUGAAAGCUUAUAUGGACGACAUCAGCCUGCACUUCAAAAAUAUCACAGCGGAAAAUAUCCAGGUGAUACCGGACCUCGUCGACGAACUAGAAGCUGUGGGCAUCAUCGUCAACAGGGGGAAGAGCUCAGCGCUUCCCCCACCAGGGCACGACGUGACGCCAGCAGAAAGGAGGCUACUUGGCGAUGCAGGCCUACCGAUUGCGGAGGAGGGCAUCACAGUUGUGGGAGUCCCCAUUGGGACGGAUGCCUACGUCGAGGAUAUCGCAAUGAAAGUGAUAACUGAAGGGGGUGCAGACAAGCUUGCUCGCAUGCUGGUGCGCAUGCCAGACAAACAGGUGGCUCACCUCGUCACAUCACAAUCGCUGACACAGCGAUCCGGAUAUAUCGAGAGAGGCAUCAAUCAUAAGCUAGUGAAAGGGGCUUGUAAACGCCUGGACAAUAUGGUGAUGUGGGUCCUAGAGGCAACGAUGGGGCUCAGAGAUACCGAAGUCGAAGAAGAGUUCUUCCAAGACGACUGCCAGCCUGACCGCUUCAAGUUAAAGCCCUAUCAACAAGCCCAGGCGCGCCUGUCGACAGGAGCCGGAGGACUAGGAUUACCAGCAGCCGUUAUGCGAAGGUUCUCAGCUUCUCUGGGCAACCUAGUCGGCACCCUUCCUGCGGUUAUAGCCGCGUUACGGGGUCCAUUGGGAGAGUCGGUGAGAGUUCGGAUACCGGGAACCGUGUUGGUGGAGCGGAUGGGGGACGCUAUCAAAGAACUCAACCAGGAGCAUGGAAUAUCGGUGGAGAUUCUGAAGGGGAUCCUUCCCCCGUCAUGGGUUGAGUGGGCCUUAGAACCGACAGGAGAAACCGGAAGGCGUCAGCCCACCGUUGCAGAACUGGCAGCACACGAUGGGGAAUCUACUACGCCGAGGAAAGCCCAGCACAAACUGGGCAAGGCGAUUAACAAGAUACAACUUGAAAAGUUCAUGGAGUCUCUGGAGCACCUCCCCCAGGAGGCGGUACCACCCACGCGGGACAACCCCUACGGAGGUCAAGAGGCCAGGAACAUGGCAUACGCACGAACGAGAAGCUCGCAAGGGCAAGGGGGGCACGCGUUCCUGAGAGCGGCUCCCACCGACCGAGCUCGAGAGAUUCCAUCGAACGAAUUCGUCUACGCGACGAGACGCGCCUUGGGAGUUGAAGAAUUCUUGGCGGAAAGAUGUCCCAGGUGCCACAGAGGCAGGGAAGGCGAGAUCAUCACAACGGUGCACGCAAGGACCUGUCGAAGGGAUGGAGCACAGGUCAACAUGCACGAGCCGUUAAAAUACGCACUAUCGAGAGCACUCAACGGCCUUCGCGUCAAACACGACGUUGAAAGCGGGGCACCGUUCACGGGGGAAAGAAACCUGAGCAUGGACAUCGUCAUCAGGCCAGGAGCCCUCACGAACGCAUCUUCUCCGGGGUACCGCAACAAAGGAAUACUCCUCGAUGUCACACACGCAGACCCGCAAGCACAGGUACACUUGCGGAACGGCAGCGCGACCAGCGAUGGAAUCGCAGCCCAAGCAUCCGAGGCGCGAAAGCGUCAGCACUACGCUCGUCCGGGACACGUGUCCUUUGACGAACGCAGCUUUAAACUUACCACCUUAGCCGUGGAAAGCUUUGGCCGCCUUGGAGAGGAGGGUUACGAGUUCAUCGAUGAACUUGCGACACAUGCCGUGGGAGGAAGGGACGGAGGAACGAUGGCUCUGAAAGGAGUCUUCAAGGAACGACUUCUUCAGAUCGUUUCGGUGGCUACACAGGUGGCCAUAUCUCGGCGAGUGCAGAGGUACAAGCUCGCAUUGCGCGGGCGUCAAGACGCCGAAAACAGGCGAACAAGAUCGACCUCGGACCAGUCAACGCCAAUGAUAUGGGGAUGGAGUGUAGACGCAUCGUAGAACGCGUUUUCGUUUGAAGUUGGCGUCUUGUUUGAGAGUAGAUGUGACAGAUUUGCGUAGAAUAGGGUAAGAUGUUAUCAUGAACGGAGAUGAAAGGGCUUUUCCAACACGGAGAUGUAGCAUGGAUCAAAGCAUUUGUUGUAUUUCAGCUUUUACAAGAGGACAUCAACGCAGUAGUAUUUUAGCAAGCUUACGAACGCAUAUAGGAUACCAUGAGGAUUGUCAUUGGUUUUAUUUCAAGUUGAAGAGGAGAUAUUUUUACGAUGUAAGUGACAGUAGAAAUAAGUCCUACAUACGUUGUUGUACUUCGUAUUGGUUUAAUAUUCGUGUAGAGUAUGAGACAUUAAGUGAAAGUUUUCUGAGGUACAUCUGCAAUUGUCGGAAGGCACAAAUAUAUAUAGUAAUAUAAAUAUGGAACAUAUUUAUUUUGAGUUAGACAUAUUUAUUUUGAGUUAUUUAUUUUGAGUUAAGCCGUCGUUCUUAGGAUCGCUCCUGACAGUCUCGCCAGAAGAACCCACCGCAAGGAAAAAAAAUACCUUCAGACCUUCAGAUUUAAGAGCCGAGGGAGGCUUGGUUUGUGGAAAAAUUUGCACAAUUUUUCGAUUUAGGAAUUUUCUUCGAAGUAUCACAUCAAACGCACCACCGCACGCACACACUGCAGUCUGCUGAGAACAUGUCAGCGCGGCCAAGAGAAAGCCAGCGCCCAGCGAAAGGCCUUGGAGUUGGCGCGCCACCAACACAAAAACAGGGACGCUGCACGGUCAACAAGUUGGGUUUGUUUCCGGCUGGCUUGAGGUCAGUAAUACCCCCGUCACAUUGAGGCAAGGGGGAGGAAAAGCGAACGAACCUAGCGGUGGUGGCAACGCCGCCAGCAUUGACGAAGAGAAGACAGGAGGAAGAGCACGUAGUGGCCUCCUGGUGAAGGCGGGCGCGUCCAUCAGCGCGCAAGAGUAUUUUCUGUGGUGUCUACUAGAAAGAAGAGCGGUAGACUCGGAUGUGCCUCCCGGUCCCAGACCCCCCGUCUCUCUCCCGCACGCUUGAAACGCGACAUAGCACUUCGUUCAGAGGCUGUCGUUGGCCAGUGUACAGUAAUCACUUCCUGUCUCCGUACUGGUGUGGUGUGGAUUCGUGUGCUGGGGUUGAGGGAGCGACGCAGACACGGACACGCGCACCCACGCACGCACGCACACUCAACAGCAGCAGCAGUGAGAGCCCCUUGUCAUCAAGCAAGGUGCACAGCUAGCUGUCACGCAGCGCACCACGACAAGGAACAGAACCUGCGGACAGGGAAGUUCGUGGGAGGACUGUUGACCCACAGCC